AUGAAGCUCGUGAGAUUUUUGAUGAAAUUGAGUCAUGAAACUGUAACAAUUGAAUUGAAGAAUGGAACACAAGUCCAUGGAACCAUCACAGACAGCUUGCCUCUGGAUACACUCCUUGUGGAUGUUGAACCUAAGGUGAAAUUCAAGAAGAGGGAAGCUGUUGCAGGAAGAGGAAGAGGCCGAGGUAGAGGAAGAGGAAGAGGACGUGGCCGUGGUAGAGGAAGAGGGGGUCCUAGACGAUAA